AUGUUCCUAUCCGCGGGACAAGCCGAUGCCAUUGCAGACAACGCUGUCGACGCGUGCAAUGGUUCUAAUAACUACGGCGUGGGACAUUCAUGCGCGUUUGCUGAAUCUCAAGGCACCUGUGAGACCAACGCAUGUGGCAACUUGGUCUGCAUCCCCAGUUAA